UCAUGCUCGUGACUCGGACAGAAGCAAGUUGGAAAGCAAAUAAAAAGCAUAAGUACACGUAGUGUAAAGUGAUAAGUUUUUCUACAGUCGGCAUAUAAUCACAUUAAUCGGUUAUUGUAAUAAGUCGAGGCUGAUGCUGUAAUAACUCUACUUUAUUGAAGAUUUGCAAAUCAAGAUUCUAAUUCAAAAUAAUUUUCAUUGGAUUCAAUAUUGUUGCCAGCGAUCUAAAGAUUUCUUUAUCUCUUCUUUAAAAAACGAUUGUGGUUGAAAUCAAAUCUACUCUUGCAUUCCGAAGUAACAUUUUGAUGUAAGUUAUCAUUGAAUCUUAAAAAUAGAUCAAAACUUAAGAAUGGAUCGAAAGAGAAAAGCUGUCGAAAAUGUGUCUCAAAGACAUUUCCGACGACUUAAGGAAAAAUGUUAUGAACAUUCUAAAGAGGUAGAUCAUGUUAUCAAUGUGUCAAAUUUAUUACCAAUUGAAGAGAAACAGAAUUCAGCUAUGAAUUCUGUAUAGUUAAGUAAUAUUAAAGAACCGAUAUUAUUAGAAGAUAACAAGACAGCACAAAACGUAAAUGAUACAAUAAUAGAUAAUGACAUUGUAUUUCCACAAGAUUCUGACAAAAUAUUAAUUUCUUCAUGCACAACCAACAAUGGCAAUUAUCAUUCUCAGAGUGAAAUAUGCACUGAGGCAUACAAUCUGAAUUGUAUAAAAUUACAAUUACGUCUAUGGAGUCUAUUAAACAAUAUUCCACAUACAUCUGUAACCAAGGGCGUCCGCAGAGGGGGGCAAACCGGGCACUUGCCCCCUCUAGAAAAGCAAAUUUUUUCACAAAUUUAUGUUUUUUGAAGCUUGUUUGAAAUUUCUGCUUAACAAAUUAAAUCAUGUAUUAAUUUGUGAAAAAUUAUUAAAAUUUGUUAUAACGAUAAAGCUGCCCUUUCAUACAGCGAAUUUUUCGUUGCGUGAAUUUGCACUUUAAUUUGUUAUUCGCUAGCAGAGUUGCAAGAUUCCAACCUGUGAGUCACAGAGUCAUGGCGAUGGGGAAGCACGCACACAGCGAGAAGGCAUGUCCGUAGAUGCCGGAGCGCUCACGGACACGUCUUCUCACUGUAUGCGUGCUCCCCCACCGCUAUGACUCUAUGACUCUCGAGUUGGAAUCUUGCAACUCUGGUCGCUAGGCGUCGCAUGCUUACAGCGCUUUACUCGUAUGCAAAGUACAGCCAUGAAUAUUAUAAGUAGACAGCUCUAGAAGCUGUUCGUUUACGCAGUGUGAGUUACGUUACGUGGCUCUUCUUUCUCUUACGCUGAUUUUUAAGGCCCGCGACUAUUUGCGAAUAUUAAAAUUUUAUACAUUGAUUAAUUGUUUAAUCCUUGAAAAUGAAUAAAGAUAUAAGAUCGUUUUUUAAAAAACCCAGACUUGAAAAUGAUAGUUCUCAAGAAGAAUCUUUUCCUUCCACCUCCAUGCCAUCAGUUAGUGUUUGCUCUUUCAAUGAUCCUUUCACAUCAGUUCAAGAUACUCUUACUGCCGAUAUAAUCGUUUCUCAAAAUUUUGAAAAAUACGACAUAGGACAUUAUAUUAAUUUAAAAUUAUCUAACGAGCAGAAAUAUGACGUAAUGACUAAUAUUUGGGUUCCUUCGGAAAAAUAUAAUUUUAAAAAUGAAGGGCAACAGCGAAAUUUUCGUGCCGAUUGGUUAAAAUUAUAUUCAUGGUUAGCAUACUCUGAAAUUUCUGGAGAUGGUUUGUGCAAAUUUUGCGUUAUUUUUAAACAAAAUGUACAUAGAGGUUUUCAAGGUGCUUUUAUUAUAAAAGCGUUUAACAAAUAUAAGAAAUUCCACGAAGCUGCACAUAAUCACGAAAAAUCACAAUGGCAUAUAAGUGCCGUUGAAGAUGGUACGAAUUUUCUUCAUAUUAUGCAAAAUAAAAAAGUAAGCAUUAUUAAUCUAGUUUCCGAUUCCAGAGCUAAAUUAAUUGAAAUAAAUCGAAAGAAACUAGAGCCCAUUAUAUCUACAAUUGUCUUUUGUGGUACACAUGAUCUUCCAUUGCGCGGUAAAAAAUCGGAUGAAGGAAAUUUCAGAGAUUUGCUGAAGUUUCGAAUUGAAUCUGGCGAUAAUAUUUUAAAAGAGCACUUGAAAGGGCCAAAGAAUGCUCAAUACACUUCAGUGAGAAUUGAGCAUGAGUUAAUCAACAUUUGCGAAAAAGUUAUUACUAAAGAUAUAGUGAAAUUAGCUAAUGCAUCCGAAGGCUUCUCGAUUUUAGCCGAUGAAACAGCAGAUAUCGCUGGAGUUGAACAACUUUCAUUUGGAAUCAGAUUUGCUUUUUUUCAGAACGAAAAAUUGUCCUUGCAUGAAGAAUUUUUGGGAUAUGUUGCAUUAAAAAAAUUUGACGCUCAUUCCAUUGCAAAUGUGAUUUUGGAAAAAUGCCAAAAAUUAAAUUUAAAUAUGGAAAAAUGUGUGGAUCAAGGCUAUGAUGGGUGUUCAACCAUGGCAGGAAAAGAAAAUGGAGUAAAAGCCAUUAUUCAAUGCAAGUACCCAAAUAUUAAUUUUAUUCAUUGUGCCUCACAUAGAUUAAAUUUAGUAAUCAAUGACUUGAAUGCACUACCAGAAAUUCGAAACGCAAUUGGAAUAAUCAAAGAAAUAAUUAAAUUUUUCAGGGAGAGUAACAUUCGAAGACAGUUAGUUCCUUCAAUUCCAAUGCUUUGUCAAACACGAUGGUGUGAACAACAUAAAUCUAUUCGUAAAUUUAAAGAGGGAUUUAUAAAAAUUUUGGACGAACUUGAUAAAAUUUCGAAUAGUACAAGCGAUGCUAAAACUAAGUCCUAUAUGCUCUAUUGUGCUGCCACAAAGCCAUCGUUUGUGAUAUGUUUAUUUAUUAUUUCCAAAUAUUUAACUUUAUUGGAACCAAUUACACUUAAAUUGCAAGAUAAAGACAUCAAUUUAAUUGAUGCUCAAAAUCAUAUUAAACAAUUGGUUACAAUAUUAGACCACGAUCGACAGAGUGAUGUCUUUACACAUAUUUACAAAGAAUGUGAGGAUUUGUGCACCGAGCUUGAUAUUCAAUUAAAAAUACCUCGAACUGCUAUUCACCAAACGAAAAGAGCAAAUUAUAAUACAAAUGACCCACAUACUUAUUAUAAAUUAUCAGUAUUUUUACCAUAUAUUGACUCAAUUAAAACUUCAUUAAAUACGAGAUUUUCAGAAGAAAAUACCACCGUUUUUCAGCUCUUUAAUAUCUACCCACAAGAACUACGUAAAGUUAAUCACGAUCAAUGCAACAAUAUAUUUCAAUCUAUCGAAAAGACUUACAAAUGUAAUUUAAACGAAGAAAAACGUGUUUAGUAUCAAAUAGUAAAUUCAAACCCUGAUUUAUCUACAGCUGAAGAUAUGAUUAAAGCUGCAAAAUUUGUACCUAAGAUACAAACUUUGCUUCUUAAAUCUUUAGCUUUACCGGUAACUACAGCCACCAUUGAACGAUCCUUCAGUACGUUACGGCGAGUAAAAACUUGGCUACGAUCAACCAUGUGCCAAGAUCGUAUCAGCGGUCUUUGCAUGCUAAGUGUACACAGAGAACAAAUAAAAAAGGAAGGUCAAGAAUUUAUUAAAAAAAUAAUAGAUGAUUUUGCUCUCGAUGAUAGGAGAAUUGCACUUGCAUUUCCUAACACAAAUAUAACAUAAAAUUAAAAUAUAAUUUUAAGAU